UCGACGCUCGAACGACGCCACGCAGAGGAAACGGGUUCUCGGACCGCCAUAAUAGCGCCAAAGCGGUGUAUACUUCGUCCCGCUCGUUUGUCGUACGUGACGCGACGCUUACCGACGCUCGGCGUCAUUUCUUUGAAAUCCGAUUAAUGAACGAUACAUUCUUGGCGUGAUUGUUGUCGCAGUGAUUGAAAAGUGCAAGUAUACUACAUCCGAGAGGGGCCGAGAGGAGAACGACGUGAGAGACGCGUGAGUGCGUGUCUUCGUGGGUGUCUGUACGGACGGUAGGCAGAAAAACAUGGAGAACAGACCGGCGCCACUCCGUUCCAGACGAGUCUGUCGGUUCUGUCUGACAGAAUCGGAUCCACUUAGCUACAUUUAUGAAAGAGAUCAUAGUAAGCCGUUUCAAGUGCCGCUUACCCUGCAGAUCAUGUCGUGCGUCGCCAUCGAGGUUUAUGCAGCGGAUGGAAUGCCACAAAUGAUAUGCAGUAUGUGUCGUUGGAAUCUAGAUCGUUCUUACAAAUUUAAACUACAGUGUAAGAAAGCAGACGAGGCGUUAAGAGCUUAUCCAUUGUCUGGUGUUUUACCAAGACCAUUCCCACCGAUUCCUAAUGAUCCUCCUGAAGUUACUGCUAAACGACCACUGGAACAGAGGUCUCAAAAUGAACCUGCAAAGAAACCAAGAGUUGACAAUGGGGAUAGAGAAAGACGAGAAACACGAGAUAGAGAAAGAGAUAGGGAAAGAGAAAGGGAGAGAGAAAGAGAACGAGAAAGGGACAAGGAUCGUGAUAGAGAAAGAGAAAGGGAUAGAGAUAGAGAAAGAGAGAGGGAUAGGGACAGACAGGCAGAAAAACAAAGAGAAAAAGAAGAACAACAUGAUUUUUAUGAGGAGGAGCAGGAUGCUGGUAGCGAGGGAGAUCAAGAUACCAAUAGUGCUAAAGAAGAACGUAAGCUAGAACCAGGUGAGAUAAGGGUGCAUGCAUGCGAUCAAUGUGAUCGUACUUUCCCUCUGCGUCAAGCACUUGCUCUCCAUAUACAAAGAGCCCAUAGAGACCGUAACUAUAAGUGCACAGAAUGUGACCGUAUGUUUUUCUCUAAAUAUGAUCUAGGAAAACACAUGAGUACACAUUCAGAAGAAAAACCUUUCUCUUGCCCAGUCUGUAACAAACAAUUUUCAAGAGCAAAUUUGCUACAGCGUCAUGAAAAAGUUCAUAGAGAUGAAUUGCGAUAUGGUUGUCAGCAUUGCGAUCGUGAAUUCUUUACAACUGAAGAAUUAGAAAAACAUGAGGAUUCUGUCCAUAAAAAAGAAAAACCUUUUCAGUGCAAUAUUUGCAACAAACGUUUCACCUAUAAACAAGGGUUAGAACGGCACGAGGUGCUUCAUAAUGAAGAUAAAACGUUUGUUUGCGAGUACUGUAAGGAAGCAUUCCGUACAAGUACUAAAUUAGCUCGUCAUUUAACAACUCAUGCAGGACACAGACCAUAUUUGUGCAAGCUAUGCCCUCGUUCAUUCCUCCUAUCUCAUCAUCUAACUAGACACAUGCGUACACAUUCUGUAGAGAAACGUCACGUCUGUGAAGAUUGUGGAAAAGCAUUCAAGCGCAAGGAGAGUUUAGAAGUACAUCAGCUAACGCACACAAAACGCACAGGUAUGGGAUUAACUUGCGAUGUCUGCCAGGAAUCUUGCAGAAAUAGAGCAGAUUAUGUCACUCAUAUUAAACAACAUAUUGAAGCAGGUGAAAAAAUGGGACCAGAUGGAUUGCAGCCAGACAAUAAAACUAAACUUGAACUAGAAAGCGAUGAAGAUGAAGAGGAAGAACAAUAUUCAGAUGGCGAUGACGAUUACGAACCGCCGGCAUACAUCGUGAAGAAGCUUCCAAAACCAAGUAAACCCGAUAGAUCAGAAAGCGAAGAGGAUCGAGAGAGGGAAGAGAAGGAUGAAAAUCAAAAGGAACAGGUAGUAUAUGUGAGACGUAAAGAUGGAAACAUGAUUAAAAAGACAAUUAAAACACUAAUGCCCAUUCAGCGUAGAGAAGUACAGGAUGCAAAAAUUAAACAAAGUCCGAAUAGCAGUCAGACGCAACAAGUUACGAAGACGCCACAGCCUAAGUCGAAUGAGGAAUCUGCAAAGACUUCUCGUGUAGAUGAAACAGAAGCACAAGUUCAAAAAAUAGUUGCAUCUGUAUUUAAGGAGCACAAAAUUCCUUUGAAACACCAAAAUGUUACUCAAGAUCCAGGUAAAGAAUCACCUACGACUACAAACCAAUCGAAGCCGCAACAAGGACAGAGUAAUACUCCCAAUGUAGUCGCGGUGAAAGAGGAAAAACUGGAAACUCCUACAGUAGUUACUAACCCACCAAAAGCUGUUAGUACCAUUAAAGUAAUAAAAAGAAUUGUUGUGAGGAAACCGUCCGGAACCACCGAAACUACUACAGCUCCAACAAAAGAAGGCGAGGUAUCGGGAAUAAUGUCUGACUUGAAUAGUUCAGGUCACAAGGUUACGAAACGUGUAAUCGUUCGCAGAAUUAUUCGACAAGGGGAUACUACAAGGGAAGUUAUUAUGAAUCCCGAUGGUACGAUAAUAGAUCCAGCAGAACUGGCAAAAUUACCUACUGGUAAUGUUGUCAAGAGAGUUGUAGUUAAGAAGCCACUUGACAAGCAUUCAGGUCUCAUUCAAGCAGUCUUACAAUCAUCCGCUGAACCACGACAACAAACAACUCCGGUAAAAACUACUGAGACUGUAGUAAGUGAAUCACCGAAAUUCGAAUUGAAAACUUCCCAGCCCAUAAUAAGUACACCCCCGCCAGCACCAAAACCAACGGUUGCAACUGUUCAAAAAUCCACAUUAAUAGGAGGUGAUCAGGAAACUAAAGAAAAAUUAGAACAGUUAGAAAAGAGAGUGGAACAGCAACGCUUGAAAAUUGAAGAACUAGAAGCACGUAAGCAGCAACAAGAAUAUGAACCUAUGGAAGAAUUGUCGCCAGAGCGUCACGAUGAAUCCGAAGAUGAACAACAAUUACCACUGAAAAGAGUAUUCGUGAAGAAAAAGCAGAGCAUGUACGACGAAGAACAAGAGUAUAAUGACAAUGACGUAACAACCACAACUCCUAUAACAACAAUAUCCGUAACAACAACUCCUGCGACAAUAUCGAAAGAAGAUACACCGAUUGUACCAGAGAAAGAAAAGGCUGCUCCUCAAGUUGAGGUGAAAUCAAUCGAAACUGUACAAAAGGAGCCCACAGUUAUCCCGAAACCAGGUGCUACACCACUUAGAAGAGAAGGUAAACAGCCAUUAAUAACCAGUUCGAAAGUUUAUGGGAACAAGAAAAUUAUUUUGGUCAAGUCGGAAGAACCAUCAGAAGUGGAAGAGAUGAGUCGAGAACUGUGUAGCAUAUUGGAUUCAGCUGAUUCGGUAGUGAAAAUGCAGGAAACAGUUCUAACUAAUCUGAGUCAAAUACCUACUGUCUCAGAUGCUGCCACAAAGAAUACUGAUACACCGAAACCAGGUCCCUCCAGCGAGGGUAAUGUAACGAUAAAGAAAGAAGAAGCCGAAGAACUCGAAGACCAGGAUAUAACUCUUAAAUUAGAUGGCACGAUGGAAGUAAUAGAGGAUUUGCCAGAGACCGAUGUCAAAAUGGAAACUGUAACAGAUGGUGAACCAAUUAUAAUAGAACAACCCGAACAAAACUCGAAUUUAACCUUGGAUGAGCAGGACCUUUCAGAGUCAGCAGAUAUUUUUGAACCAUCAGACAAUGUACUAGAAGUCCAAAAGAACGAUUUGGAAGAGUCUGUGAUAGAACUUGAUCACGAGACUCACACGAUAGACUUGAAUGAUACUAACGAUAGUCAAGACAGUCUUGAAGAUAAACUUCAACAGAUGGAAGGCUGAACUUAUUGGAUCCUAUUGUUGAAUACUUGAAAAUGUUGCUUUCGAUUAAGAAAUAUUGGGUUAAAAUAUAAUAAGCUAUGACUUGAUCACAGUGUUACAAAUUUGGAAUUUGUAUCGAGAUACAUUCUGGACAAAUAUAGGUAAACACUACGAUCGUUUUGUCAUUAGAUUCCUUAAGUAAUCAUGUGAGUUUAAGAUGAUUCAUGUCUUAUUGUCACACUGUAUCUAAACUUCUGUAUUUAUCUUUCAUUUUCUGUUGUGUGACAGUUGUAGAGUCGCGUCUGCAUGUUAAUUAUUAACAUCAUCAUUGAGAUACGAAAAAGAAGGUAGUGCCUAUUAAUCAACCUUUCUUCAUAAGAAAGUAAAAAUUAUUAUUUAAAACGUAAGAAACUAAUUGAUGAUUUUCAUGUGCUACAAGAAAUUUGUUAUUUACAUUGCGCUGCGACAUCGUAAAAGUAACAUUGAAAAUACAAAUUAAAGGAACAUGUAAAAGGCACUCGUUUUAGAUAUCUCACUAUCUGGUGAACAUGUAUAUCAAUAUUGGACGUAAGACAAUUGUAUAUAUCUAUAUGGGAAAUCCCCUCCCUACCCUUCUCCAAAUGUUUUUCAAUUACAAUGUCUCAUGUUCGAUGCAAUCGAAUGUCUCAUUAUUAUUCAACUGAUUACAUUAUUGGGAACACACAAGGUACUUUAAGGAAUUAAACUUUCUGUAACACUAUGAAUAUGUGUACGAGGUUAGUGUGAAAACGGUACAUAGAUUAUUGGAUAUUCUAUUAACGUUUGAAACUAUGUAUCAAAUACAGACAAUGGUGUGUAAAUGUAAAA